UUUUGUUUUUUCUUGGUAAGAACUCGGAGACCAUGUCUACAGAGCUCAUCUCAUCCACAAGAGAAGAGGAAAGCUCUGGCUCGGGACCAAGUUUUAGGUCCAAUCAGAGGAAGAUGUUAAACCUGCUCCUGGAGAGAGAGACUUCCUUUACCGUCUGUCCAGAUCUCCCUAGAACUCCAGUGGACAAACUCCCUGGUGAUUCUGCAAACCUAAGCGUUUUGUCUGGAGGAACCCCAAAACGUUGCCUCGAUCUUUCGAAUCUUAGCAGUGGGGAGAUGUCUGCCACUCAGCUUACCACUUCCGCAGACCUUGAUGAAACUGGUCACUUGGAUUCUUCAGGAUCUCAAGAAAUACAGUUAGCUGAGAUGAAUCAACACCAACACCUUAUGAAAUGCAGCCCAGCACAGCUUCUUUGUAGCACUCCAAAUGGUUUGGACCAUGGCCACAGAAAGAAAGAUGCAAUGCGUAGAUCAUCAGCAAAUAAAGAAAAUGACAAUGGAAACUUGGUGGAAAGUGAAAUGAAAUACCUGGGCAGUCCCAUUACUACUGUCUCAAAAGUGGAUAAAAGUCCAGAUCUAGGAGAAGACCAGGCAGAAGAGAUUUCAGAUGAAUUGAUGGGGUUUUCUCUGGAAGAUCAAGAGGCCAAGGUAUCGGAGAACAGAAGCUGCCUCUAUCGCUCCCCUUUGAUGCCAGAGAAUUUGAACAGGCCAAGACUAAAGCAGGUGGUAAAAUUCAAGGAUAACCCAAUACCAGAUAAAGUAAAACAGAAAUAUUAUUCUGACCACCAAGAGCUCAGGAAGGGUUUAGGUCUAAAGAAGACAGCCUCUCUCUGGGACAUUAAUAUCACUCAGAUGCUGGAGGAAGAUUCUAAGCAGGGGGAUCUGACUGGUGAUUUCUCCAAGGUGAGUUUGGUUAAAACCAUCCUAUAUUUCAGUGACAAGGUGUUCAUUCUUUCUGUGCAGGUGGCUGCCUUACUGUUGGGGAAGUUCCACGAUCUGAUUGAGAAGUUUUAUAUCAUCGAUUGCCGCUAUCCAUAUGAAUACCUGGGUGGACACAUCCAGGGAGCCUUAAACUUGUAUAGUCAGGAAGAACUGUAUAACUUCUUUCUGAAGAAGCCCAUUGUCCCUGUGGACACCCAGAAGAGAAUAAUCAUCGUGUUCCACUGUGAAUUCUCCUCAGAGCGGGGUCCCCGGAUGUGCCGCUCUCUGCGAGAAGAGGACAGGGCUCUGAACAAGUAUCCUGCACUGUACUACCCAGAGCUGUAUAUCCUUAAAGGGGGCUACAGACACUUCUUUCCAGAAUAUAUGGUGCUAUGUGAACCGCAGAGUUACUGCCCUAUGCAUCACCAGGACCACAAGGCUGAGCUACUGAGGUGUCGAAGCCAGAACAAAGUGCAGGAAGGGGAGCGGCAGCUGCGGGAGCAAAUUGCCCUCCUGGUGAAGGACAAGAGCCAGUGAUGACAGACCAGCCACUGGCUGCUAGGGAGUCACCAAAAGACACUACAGAAAUUCUGAGCAGAAACAGGCCCUCUUCUGGAUGGCUAAACCCAAGAUUGUUAAAAAGAUAUCUGCAAAACAACAGGCUACCGAACUAUUGAAAUCCCAUUCCUGGGGAUUGGUUAGGUUUCAGUAGAGCUGAACCCUGGUGGGUGGUGGCUGAAUCCUGGAGCUGGCUUUGUAAGGCUGUAGCCUUGAGUUGCAUGGAGAUUUGUGUUGUUUCAGGGAGCUCUUGUAUUCCUCUUCCCAACUACUCAUGUCUUCUCACAAGCCAGCCAACUGUUUCUGUCCCUGGGCUUCUGGCUAUGCAAGAGAGUUGCCCACUUCUUUCUCUGUAUUUUCCUUUGCUUCUCCCUCUCCCUUUUUUAAAAUGGGAAAAUAAACACUGCAAAAUGA